CUCCCGGCAUCAUAAUGGAUCUGUAUUAUUCGCCCUAUUCCGCAACAACUGGUGCCAUACUUAUUGUAGGCAAGGCACUUGGUCUGCAAUUCAAUAAAAUUGUGGUCAACCUUGCCGCGGGGGAGCAUCUACGACCAGGAUUUUUGAAGCUUAAUCCUCAGCACACAAUUCCUACUCUCGUCGACAACGGAUUCUCUCUGUGGGAAUCUCGCGCCAUUCUAACCUAUCUGAUUGAAAAGUAUGCAAGGAACGAUUCCCUUUACCCCAAGGACCCCAAGAAGCGUGCCCUUGUGAAUCAACGCCUCUAUUUCGAUCUGGGAACACUCUUCAAGGCUCUUGCAGAUUAUUACUAUCCAUUGUUCUAUAAGAAGCCUCUUGAUCCAGAGCUAUUCAAGAAGGUGGAAGAGGCCUUAAACUUCCUUGAUACUUUCUUGGACGGCAACCAAUAUGUGGCAGGAGAUUCUCUCACCGUUGCCGACAUUGUCAUCUUGUCCACUAUUUCUUCGUUCAAAGCAUUUGGUCUUGACAUUGGUAAAUACAACAAUAUUGUGAAGUGGUACGAGAAUGGUACUAAAGUUGCUCCUGGAUGGAAUGAAGUCGAGAAAGUUUUGGCUGAUUUGAAGACGUUCGUGCAAUCAUUGAAGUAAAAUUCAAUUGA